GGUACGGUUUUACAUUUCUUCUACGUUCCCCGUAUGUGCAGUCAUAGUGCCUAAGCGGUAUUUUGCACGACUCGACCUUCAUCCUCUCACAUCAGAGUUUUUGUAAAACUUCAUCUGCUUGUAGGUUGCACAGUAAAUAAAACAUUCGCGCAGAUGUGCCAUCCUGGUUCGCAAGCACCAUCUCAUUCAUUGUUGUAUUGCAGUAAUACUGAUACUCUGGUUGGUCUGUGCAUAUGGAAUGUCUUUUGGAGAAAGUAAUUAGGUGAGUGGAUUGGUCCAAAGACUGCUUUCAGCCACAACUCAGGCUAAAAGGCAUCUUUUGUUAUUGUCUACCUUUGAAACUUUUUUGACUAAGUGAUGCGACACUAAAAAGAUGAGUACCACUUUACUGUUGCUUGGGAUAUUGUACUUUGUGCAGGGGAUACCAUAUGGAUUACAAUCCAGUUUAUUGCCAGUUUACCUCAGAACUGUGGGAUUGUCAUUUACGAAAAUUAGCUUGACCAAAGCCUUGUACUUUCCUUGGACCCUAAAAGUGGUCUGGGCUCCUUUUGUUGACCAGUAUGGAACGAAACAGAGAUGGCUUCUUAUCAGCAUGUGUGGAUUAGCUAUGUGUUGCUUAUUAUGUGCUAGUCUCUCUCCAGAGUCUGAUUUCCAGCUAGUGGCAGCAGUCUUUCUGUUUAUGAACUUUUUUGCAUCUGUGCAGGAUGUUGCUGUUGAUGGUCUGGCAGUCCGAAUCCUGAGAUAUGAAGAAGUUGGCUAUGGCAACACUGUUCAAGUGGUGGGUUACAAAAUAGGUUCUGUUUUAGCAGGAGGUGGCCUUCUGACAGUAAUGGACCUACUGGGAUGGACGUUUAUAUUCUUCCUUCUAACUGGUAUAUAUUUAGUGGCUAUUAUCUAUGCUUCGUCAGAAUUUGGGAAUACCUCUGUAAACCAACCGUGUGGGGGGAAAAAACCCUCAAGGACUCUGAACCCCAUGACAAUAGUAAAAGACUUUAUUGCUGUGCCAGCAACAACCUGGACUGUUAUUUUUGUUUUGAUUUACAAACUGGGUGAGCAGGGCGCAAUCAGUAUGUUUCCCCUCUUCUUGCUGGAUCAUAGUUUUUCUGCUCAGGAGCUUGGAUUCUGGAAUGGAAUGGUGGCUAUGGGCUUCUCAAUUAUUGGGUCUUCUCUUGGAGGCAUAUUAAUGUCCAAAUACAGAGCGCUUCCAUUGAUCAAGAUUUUGUUCUUUCUACGUUUGGGCAGCUUGUUUUUUCAGACCAUUGUAGUAUUUAUGUUUGAUCCCAACUUCUUGAUAUGGAAAAGUGCUGCAGUGUUGAGCAUUAGUUUGCAACAUUUUCUUGGAGGACUGAUAACGACUGUAACAUUCAGUAUCAUGAUGCAUUGCACUCAGAAGGCAGAUGAGAAAAUACAGGCAACUCACUACAGUUUCCUGGCAACACUGGAAGUUUUGGGGAAGCUAUCUUUUAGUACUUUCGUUGGAGUUGUAGUGGAUUGGAUUGGCCUACCUGCCAGUUUCCUUCUAUUUCUAAUCCUCUCUGUGUUAGCAUUAGUUCAUGUAUUAAAAGCACCUACAGUCAUCAGCUGUUAAUAAGUAGCGAAUACAGGAUUACAUGCUUUUGAGUUGAAUGGGAACAAUUUUAAUGAGUUUAAAAAUAAGCAUUUAAAAUGCAAAUUGUGAGAAUAAAUGGUAGAAUUCAAAAAGAUCAUCAAGCAACAAGAUGUUUGCAUAUAAAAAGCUGCUUGUCUUCUGGUGGACCACGAAAAGUGAUUCAGAAUGAGACAAAUGAAUCCAUCAGUUUAGUGAGGUGUUUUAAACCACAUGGCAGAUUAACAUAGCUGGCCCAGGUUCGGUGAGCCAUUGCUUGCAGCAGUCAAAUGUGGCAUUGACAUGAAGUUGAGGGAAUGGCCUAGUAAAACAAAGUAAUAUAAACUAACUGACAUGAUACAGUAUAAAAGCUGACAUACAACAAUAUAACCUGUGCACUUUUCCUACUAUUAAUGUACAAAAUGUAUGAUGCUUCAGAACACUUGUCAUGGAACACUGAGCCUAACUUGCAUUUCUAUUUUGCCUAAAUAUUUUUUGAAUAAUUUAUUUACUAGAUGUGGGGGCCAGGGUAAACAGCUUGCAUUGACUUACAAGCUGUUUAUGCUAAGCACCUGGUUAUCAUUUGAAUCAUAAUUUGCCAUUUCUUGCACUGUUUUGCCAUCAGUACCCCUUGCAGCCAGGUACAGCUUUUACUAAACCCCACCCAUAUAAUGUUUUUAAAACAAACCUGCUGUGGUGCAGCACAUGCAUCAUAUUUGUGAAUGAGUACUAAUGCUGUAUUAUGUUAAAAUAUCAAAAGGCAAUGUUUCCAGCAGAAAAUGCAGUCAUAGGCUGAUUUAUUACACAGAUGAACAUGAAGGAUAACCUAAACUAGGGGAAUCAUAAUGAAGGAUGACAAGGCUGAUUUUGUAUGGGUCCUGCUCCAGAAUUUCAUAUAGUGUCCUACUUACUGUGUGAUGCCUACAAUGUCACAGAGCAUAUGCCUUUUGUGACAUUACUACCAUCAUUGUCACCUGUUUCUUUCUUCACAGAACACUUCAAAAAUAUGUGAUGCAGUAAGGUAAUUAAGGAGAUUAGAUUCCAUACAUUUUAUUGCCACAGUAUGACAGCCUGAGGGGGUGGGAGAACAGCAGUCUAUGUUAUGUCAUAUGACAUGUACAUUUUGCUUUGAUCACUUCCCUACAUCUAGAUUUCCAUCUUUAACUUCAGUACAAGUCUGCCUAAGAAAGAGAGUAAGACAUAAGAUUUUGGCUGUGUUAAAUGAACAAUGUUAGAACUUAUCUGUUUCAAGAAAUACAUAGCAGAUUCCAAGGAAGGAAUUCAACUGUAUCAGUCCACAUAUUAAACGAAGUAACAAGAGUGAA